UAUAAAAGCAGAAAACUUUUUGUAGAGAGGUAUCACUUUCCUUCAGGUCCACUACAGCAUAACAACAAUAAAUCAACCAUGAAAGCUUUCAUCGUUUGCCUGGCUAUCGCCUCCGUUGGCGUAUCGGCCCUGCCGGAGUACUACGGCAACUACCAACAGCAAUGGCCUCAGCAGGAACAGUGGUCACAUCAGCAGCUACCUCAGCAACCAGAACAGCCUCAAUGGGGACAGGAAAUGCAAUGGCAACAACCACAGCCGCAACCUCAGGCUCAGGAGCCGCAGAUGUACCAGCAAAACAUGAGCCCCGAUGGAUACAAAAUUGUUCCAGGAGUCGUUGACUCUCGCUGCCCCAGAAGUGACGACCCCAAGAACCCAACCCACUUGGCAAUUCGUGGAGAUUGCAGCAAGUUCAUGAAGUGUUAUGGAGGUCGUGCCUACGAAAUGAGCUGCCCAGCUGGUCUAGAAUUCGGAUCCACUGUAAACCGUUGUGAUUAUCCGGCUCUGGCCAGAUGCAGCAACGGAGGAUACUAAACCGAAUUUUAAACA